ACCAAUCACCGUGUAGGAAACGCGUGAAGCCCUCGGUUUGAUUCGGCCUUCGACGUUACCGGAGACGCUUCGGUGGAAACGGCCCUCUUUUAAAGUUCCUGGGGGAAGAGUGAAGGGACCCGGACGAGCCGAGGGAAAGGGGCCAAGAUUGAGCUCGGAGGAUAAACAUCUACACAGUAUUCACCCCAGGAGGACGCCCGUUAAACCGGAGACAAGGUGCAACACGGAAAACCGAGGACUGCCCGACACCGUCAGAAAAUAAAGAAAAUGGCGGAGCCAGACAAGUUAAACAUUGACUCUAUAAUUCAGCGUCUCCUGGAAGUCAAGGGCUCUCGACCAGGGAAGAACGUCCAGCUGACAGAGAGCGAGAUCCGUGGCCUUUGCCUAAAGUCCCGUGAAAUCUUCCUGAGCCAGCCAAUCCUGCUCGAGCUAGAAGCUCCCCUCAAAAUCUGUGGUGACGUCCAUGGUCAGUACUAUGAUCUGCUCCGGCUGUUUGAAUAUGGAGGCUUCCCCCCAGAAAGCAACUACCUGUUCCUGGGUGACUAUGUAGACCGAGGGAAGCAGUCACUGGAGACCAUCUGCCUGCUUCUCGCCUACAAGAUCAAAUAUCCAGAGAACUUUUUCCUGCUCCGUGGAAACCACGAAUGCGCCUCUAUUAAUCGAAUCUACGGCUUUUAUGACGAGUGUAAGCGACGGUAUAACAUAAAGCUGUGGAAGACCUUCACAGACUGCUUCAACUGUUUACCUGUGGCUGCCAUUGUAGACGAGAAAAUCUUCUGCUGUCAUGGAGGCCUCUCUCCUGAUCUUCAGUCUAUGGAGCAGAUCCGCAGAGUAAUGCGACCCACAGACGUGCCUGACCAGGGUUUGUUGUGUGACCUGCUGUGGGCUGACCCAGACAAAGACGUGCUGGGCUGGGGCGAAAACGACCGUGGUGUCUCCUUCACAUUCGGGGCAGAUGUGGUGGCCAAAUUUUUGCACAAACACGACAUGGACCUAAUAUGCAGGGCGCACCAGGUGGUAGAAGACGGUUAUGAGUUUUUUGCAAAGAGGCAACUCGUCACCUUAUUCUCGGCUCCCAACUACUGCGGAGAGUUUGACAACGCCGGUGCCAUGAUGAGUGUGGAUGAGACGCUCAUGUGCUCCUUCCAGAUUCUGAAGCCAGCAGAUAAGAAAUUGUAUCCUUAUGGUGGAGGGGGAGGAAUGGGAUCCGGGAGGCCGGUCACUCCUCCACGAAAUUCAGCCAAGGCCGCCAAGGCCAAGAAAUAACACCCGCUGGGUUCCUCUCACACAACCUGCCACCCCCUCCCCGCCUCUCUGUCGGCCCAACGCUCUUUUUUUCCCUCUACCUCCCAAACUUGUUUCUCCCUCGUCAACAAAUGGCAACAAAGCAGACAAGUGUCCAGGGUUCAAUCAUGUUUUUUCCUCUCUGAAAUUAUUUUUAACUGUUUGCGUGCAAUUUUUUGUGUGUCUGUGUGUGUAUAAAGAAAAAAACAGCAGUGAGAAUGAUGCAGAGGGAAUCGCUGUGUUGUGUAUGUAUGUUUCUAUUUUUUUCUUUCCUCCUGUAUCGUCUGUUCUGUUUCCCUGUCUUUAUGUAAAGAUGGGAUACUCUACCCAUCCAUGAUGUAAUUUCAAACCUGGGUACAGGAAGUGGGAGAGAGAAAGAGGAGCCUUAGCUUGUUUACGUUAAGGCUCUGCACUGUUUAAUGCUAAACACAAGCUUUUGUACAUCCUGUUUCAGAAGUCUGUGUAUAUCUGUGUAAUGGGUUGGGGAGGGGGUGGGAGGAAGUUGCACGGUCAAGCGGUAAUGGCACAUACCACACACACACACACACACACACACACACACACACACACACAGGGUGCACAGGUGGAUGUAUGUGCAGAUGAAUCCUUGAAUGAAAUGGAUUCAUGAUGAGAUAAUAACAUUUUUUUCCUCUUCCCUUUUAAAAACGAUUGAGAACACGGUCAUGGAUGUGAAAUAGUUUUUCUUUUUUUUUCUUUCUUUUCUUUUUGUAGAUACAU